AUGAUGAAUUUGACUUUUGAAAUUGAGAUACAUCUAAGCGAUAGAAAGUGCAGGCAUUUGCGACCAAAACAUGUGGAUGUGCACUGAGAUAAAGGAGAUCCAUGCAGCUCUACUAACAAAAUUGAAGUCAUCUUCGAUUGCCGAAACAACCUUGGGAACUUUCCUCGACUGAACUCGAUCUGGUACUGAAUUUUGGGAAUGAUCCACUAGGCCAUAAACUGUGACCGGGUCAGCAACGCGGGAAGAGCAGAGAAAAUGAGGCAGCGAACAAGGAUGCCUUUCCUUCUUCACAGCCACCGAAUCUGCCUGAAAACGUUUCUUUUCAUGCAUCGUCUCCACAAGACCAGAUUCUACAGUCGCGUUAAACAUAAUCGGGUUAGCGGACUAUCGCUUCGUACUCACGGCAACAAGUCUUGACUUCUACCUAGCUCCGCUUUCAGUGCCGAAACUAUUAAACGGGUGGUAAAGUUCAUCAUGAACGUCGCCAAAGACCAAGCUUUUUUACUUCCAGGACGUGUUCCUGGCCUCAAAAGAACUGAAAAGAAACUGCUGCCAACCUCCAUGACAAAAUCUCGUCUUUGGAGAAGGUGCGUAGAGACUAGCAAGGCGAGCGUUCAGUGCCACAUUAGUACAAGUCCAACGUCUACGGCUGAUGUAUCAGUACAAAACGACCACUACGACGUGACUACCGAGCUCCGAAAGCAGAUAUUGAACUGAAGUAGCUAAGCAGUUGACAGCACUGAAGUGUCUCCAUCAGCAUGAGCCGGAGCCUGCUUCUUUGCCGUUAUUUGAUGAUGAUUCGGACUUCCCAACAUUGGAUUCCGAAGCAGUCGCAUCUCUGGUGAGUUUCGAUAGCAGCCCCCUGGUCAAGACGUACAAGGAAACAGCCCCAUUCAGUAAAGAACUUACUGAGUCUUAGCGUCCCAUCUGCGUACACUGCGUAAAAUCUACCAAGAAAGCCCGUCGCCCGUGUUUCCUGACAAAAUGGCUCCAACAAGAUCACCUCUGCAGCCUGUUGACCAGGACGUCGUCCAUUAG